UCUUGUUCUCUUAUCGCCUUCAUCUUCUUGUUUCAUACCAUACAAAGAGCUUGUCUUGUUGGUUGUCGCUUUUGGCUUGUGAUCGUCAGACAUCUAACAUACCCGCCUCACGCCUCGAUCUAACCUAGCCACUUCAGCUCCUUGCAUCUCUUCCCUUCCUUCUCUCUGACAUAGUCACCGCUCUUCCUCACUCCUCUCUUCAACACCGCGAAUCUCACCAUGUCUUCGUCGUUUACUCGAGUCGUGCGCCCUGCGCUACAGGGAGGUCGAGGUCUUACACAGCGCAUUGCCACACGAGCCACCGCUCCCCGAACAUUGACGAGAAUAAACCUCAAUGCUGCUCGCCCUCUGUCUACAACAUCUACCCGCCGCAAUGAGCACAUCGACAUCUCCGAAAUUCCUCCUACACCCAUCACCCACCUCUCUGAGAUCGAGGCCGCCAUGGCCGACACAGUCUCCAAGUUCUCUACAGAUGUGAUUCUUCCUCGUGCGCGUGACAUGGACGAGGCUGAGGAGAUGGACCCUGCUGUUGUUGAGCAGCUGUUCGAGCAGGGUCUCAUGGGUAUUGAGAUUCCUGAAGAGUACGGCGGUGCCGGCAUGAACUUCACUUCCGCCAUUAUCGCCAUUGAGGAGCUCGCCCGUGCAGACCCCUCUGUUUCCGUCCUGGUUGAUGUGCAUAACACCCUCUGCAACACAGCUAUCAUCAAGUAUGCUUCCACUGCUAUUAAGAAGAAGUGGCUCCCUCGCCUUGCGACAAACACCGUCGCCUCUUUCUGUCUCUCUGAGCCUGUCUCUGGUUCCGAUGCUUUUGCCAUGGCCACAAGAGCCACUGAGACCGCCGACGGUUUCAAAAUCUCGGGUAGCAAGAUGUGGAUCACAAACUCUAAGGAGGCCGAGUUCUUCAUUGUCUUCGCUAACCUCGACCCCAGCAAGGGCUACAAGGGCAUUACUGCCUUCAUCGUCGAGAAGGGCACGAAGGGUUUCUCUAUCGCCAAGAAGGAGAAGAAGCUCGGUAUCCGCGCCUCAAGCACAUGCGUUAUCAACUUCGACGACGUCGUGAUCCCCAAGGAGAACCUCCUCGGUGAGCGUGGCCACGGUUACAAGUACGCCAUCGCCCUUCUCAACGAGGGCCGAAUUGGUAUCGCUGCCCAGAUGACUGGUCUGGCUCUUGGCGCUUUCGAGAACGCUGCUCGCUACGUCUGGAACGACCGCAAGCAGUUCGGCUCUCUCGUUGGUGAGUUCCAGGGUAUGCAGCACCAGCUCGCCCAGGCCUACACCGAGAUCACUGCCGCUCGCGCUCUCGUCUACACUGCUGCUCGCAAGAAGGAGGCCGGUGAGGACUUUGUCAGGGACGCUGCCAUGGCCAAGCUCUAUGCUUCUCAGGUCGCUGGUCGCGUCAGUGGUUCCGCCAUUGAGUGGAUGGGUGGCAUGGGCUUUGUCCGUGAGGGUCUUGCUGAGAAGUACUUCCGUGACAGCAAGAUUGGUGCCAUUUAUGAGGGUACCAGCAACAUCCAACUCAACACUAUUGCCAAGCUCUUGCAGAAGGAGUACACAUCGUAGAAGGAUAGAGAAAACCUAGAAAGAGGCGGAAGUAUAAAUGGAAUAAACAAAAUAUAGGUCAAAAAAAUAUCUAAAACAUGUCAAUGCCCCUUCA